ACACGGCGUCACAGUUACUUCAUCUGCCUGUGGACGUUUGAGCUCUUCGUGUGUAACCCGAUAGAUAAGUUGUCUGUAAAAUCUAUUUGUUGCUAUUUUCAUUCAUGGUAUUUCAGUAUAAUCAGCUAAGUGACGCUUAUCAGUAAUAAUAAGAAUAUGUGUUAAUACGGGGGGCGUGACAGUUGCUGAAGAGUAACAACAACAUCACAACAAAAACAACGACUCCGCUUCCGGUUUCUGGAUGUAGCUGUCAGACUCCAGCAUCAUUUUUCUUUUUUUUUUUUUUAACUGGGAGUUGCUUUAUCAGCAGGUCAGUGGCUUCAUGUAGCUGUCAUGGAUUAUUUGUAGUUCACUUUGGUGCUGUUUUCCAAAGUGUCAGCGGCCAAAAAAAUGCAAUUAGUUGGCUGUUAGUCAGCCUCCGUUACUGGUGUUAGUAUGAGCGAAGGAGAGGUGUUUCACGAGAAGCAACGGUUGGAGCUGUGCGCAAUUCACGCACUCAACAAUGUACUCCAGGAGCGAGUGUUUACUAAGGAGACAGCCGAUGACAUCUGCAAACGGCUGGCUCCACAGUGUGUGGUUAACCCCCAUCGGUCAGUGUUAGGUACAGGGAACUAUGACGUUAAUGUCAUUAUGGCGGCACUACAGAGCAGGGAGCUGGCUGCAGUGUGGUGGGACAAACGGAGGACAGUUCAGAGUCUUUGUAUGACCAAAGUCCAGGGCUUUAUUCUUAAUGUCCCAUCACGGGUGUCUUUGGGAAUUGUGUCCCUCCCACUCCGGCGGCGACACUGGCUUGCAGUUCGGCAAGUUAAUGGACAGUACUACAACCUGGACUCCAAACUGAAGAGUCCGGUGUGCAUUGGGGGAGAAUCAGAACUACGUACAUUUCUCAGUGAACAGCUUUCUCAGGAUGUGGCAGAGAUGCUUCUGGUUGUCCAGCGGGAGGUGGAAGAGGACGGCUCAUGGCUGAACCCUGAAAACCCUAAGUGAUGCCUUUGUAUAACAUGGAGACAAAAAGAAAAACCUUCCUCUGGGAAAAUUACAGACAUUUUUUUUUUCCUUUUUCUUCAGGGAAUGCACUAAAAUAGAUUUAAUAUUGAAACAAACACAUAAAGGAAAUUCCAAAGAGAAGCAAAGACAGAUGUUUACUCCUGACAUGAAGAACUUCUUUUCAUUGUAACAGCUGUUAAAGCUUUCAUUCUGGUAUGAUCCAUGCAUAUACGCUAUUCAUCCUUCUUAUGGUACUUUUGCUUUUAACACAGCAAAGGAGCAUUUUUAAAGACAAAAUUGCAAGUAUUGAGGCAAGUGUGAGCUUGUUUAUUGACACUUCAGUUGUGACAAAUGCAUUAUUGCCUCCCUUCAACUUUCUUAUUAACCUUCUAUGCACUGCAGAAUUUUGUAAGCACUUAUUGUCUUUUUCAUGCUUCUACAGGCUCAGAUACAAUAAUGACAUCACCUGGGGUCUGUACUACAAAGCGGGAUUUGGGAUUUAGUGAGAUCACUUUAUGUAACAAAGGCGGUUCAUCUCAUAGUAUUAUACAUCACCAUGGUAACUAAUGCUGAAGACCUAACCUGUUCAAGAGCAGGUAAUGUUUGCAGUGCACGACCAGUCAGUUCACUUGAAAAUUCAAGAAAAGAAAAAUGAGGUCUUAGUGAUAUUGUCUCUUUUAUCUCCCAUGUAAUGAAACACUCAUAUGAUUGAUAUCAAUUCUCAGCAAAGGAUCACUGCUUAUCUAAAACUGGCUGGUUAAAGUAUUGAUUCUUAUCAGCCUUAUGAGAUGUAGAUGUUGACUAUUUGUUGUUUUUUCAUAUAAAAAUCGCUGGAUUGUGUGAGGAUUUUCUGGAGUGUUUUCAUUCUUUAGCUGCAGUUUCACUGCAUCUCUGCCAAAUUGUGUAACUAUUUACCUGCAUGUUCAUCUUCUAAGACAACCAGGUCGAUGAAUGUUUGCAACUUGAUCACAAAUUACAAAACUUUUCAUUCUUAAAAUGUUUUUUCAUACUAACUUUUGAUAGUUUAUAUACUACUAUGCAUUUUUUUCUUACCCCAGGUUGUAUUUGACAGAAUGCGGCUUGUAUUGUACGACAUUCCAGGUAAUUCAGUGUGUUUGUUGUUGAGGAUUACAGUCUGUUUCUCUAGUGAUACAUUUGUGACUAAAGGUCUGUUUUUGGAUAUGUCAUCUAGUGCCAACACUGCCCUUUUUACAUCAACAUUCACAUAUCCUGAGAAAACUUGGGUCUUCUUACCAAAACUUGGUUACCAAUAACUAACAACAUCAUUUAGAGUUAUCUUGCUUGUUACUUUUUGUGAGACCAAACCGAAAGUCUGUGAUAUUUUUCAACCUGCUUCUGAGUACAGGCCCCAGUUAAAUCAAUGAAGGGUUACACUAGGGUGUCUGAAUGUUGUCCCUUUGCUGAACGUCACAUUUCAAGCGUUGAAAUGUGACAUUUCUCUUCUCAGUUACUGUUACCGUACAGUGAAUCCUGUAGUACAUCACAAUGAACAUUCUGUAUCUUUUUACAUUUUAUUUUUGUGUGACGUAGUUGAAUCUAAACUGACAUGAAGUUUUCAAAAACAGGUUCAUUGUGAUGGAUUACCCAGUGAAUCCAGGUUUCAUUGCUGUUCAUUGUCACAGUGUGGCUGCAUGAAAGCUAUAAAGAUCAUUUUAAUGUAAAGGAAAAUAUGCAGGAAUGUACACUGUUGUUGACACGAGCAAAAACACUAGUUCUGUGACUGUAUGUAGUCUUUGUUCUUUUUUUCUCGCCUGUUGAACUAUGCAUAUCAAAAGCAUUAGGAGCAUUGUUGCUGAUACACACUAGUGACUAACUUACCCCAGAACCUACAGCUGAUUGGUUAAUAAUGUUGAUGCUUAUUUAUAUUAAACAUUGACUUAUUGUUUCAAGUAGGAAAUUAUUGAAAAGCAUUUUGUGUGUUAUUGUUAUCCAGAAGCCUUACAGAAAUGAUGAAGCUCAUUGUCAGGUUAUUGGAGUUAUUUUUAUUUAUAUUAGACUCUCGAGUGUAAAAGGAUGCCAUUCAAAAGGAGCAUUGAUAACCAUACAAACUCAAGGGUUAACAAGGGCAAUUGGCAAGGAAGGGGGACUCAAUAAAAUCUCAAACCAUACCAUAUAUACACAAAAACACCUUGGAGAGAUCUCAUAAACCCAAUGCUAUACAUAGUUUUUAUUGCUUGUUACGGUAGAGCUACUGCAGCACCAGUAGCAAGAAUCAUAUUGCUAUGUACCUGCUGUUGUUGCAUGGGAUUUGUAGUUCUCCACUCUCAAGAUUUGAGUGGCAGUUGUAGUUCUCCAUUCACUCAUUUAAACAGGGUCUUGCAGCCCUCUUUUUUUUUCUUUUUUAAGAGCAAAGGUUCAUGAUUAUUCAGAUAUUAUAGACAGUGAGAUAUACAGUACAGAGUACCAUAAUGUAAUACAAGGAAAAUACAGAAUUGCCACCUAUAAAAA